AUGAGCCACGGAUCCGAGGUCAAUCACGGCUCCUCAUCCUCGUGCUCUCUGCAUGUUUCCCCUCCGGCCUCUGCGACAAAUCCCCUCUUCUUCCUCCACGCCGUCGACAUGAAGCGCUCUGGAUCCUCUCGUGUCCCGUCGCCCACAAACACAACUUACUCGGGCAUCUCAAACUACCGCACAGAGUCCUACCGCCCCAUCCGAGACGCACUCCCCAGCCCCUUCACCCCUACAGAUCCCUAUGCUAUCGCUCGUACCCAUUUCGACGAGCUCAGUGAUUAUCUUGCCGAUUACCUCGCCAAAGAACCCGCAAACUCUCGCACUACCGCAAGGCAGAAACUCACUCGCCUCACUCGUCAGCAAUUUCAGGAGUUAUCUACCGAUGUCUACGACGAACUCGUUCGCCGAAAGAAGAACGCUGACAGCAACGACAUUCCCUUUCUCCCUGUCCGAGACGACUUUCAUCCCAAGCGCAAUCAGGCCCGUCAAAAGCUCGCCACCCUUCCUACCGGCAGAUUCAAAGAUCUCUCUAGUGAUGUCUACUACGAGCUUGCCAGACGGUAUCCUGAAUUCAAGGAGGACUCCCUGGACGGCGCCACUAAGAUGUCGCCCGGAUCUACCUACGACGACUAUCCUUCUCCUGACUUCCCCGCUUCCGCGCGCUCCAGCAAGGGCCCCACGCCCUCGAUACCCAUACGCAACGGUCGUGCUUCCGAAGACCGGGCGAUCGACAGCGGCUACGCUCCCAGUCCAUCCUCCGUCCGCCGCCCUAGUGAAGAUAGCUAUGGGCGCCGCCGGCUGGGCGAGGACGAUUCUGCAGGUGGACGGCGCAGUGCAGACACGUACGGGGUUGCUGCGGAGAGCUUCUCCUCGAGUCCGCGCCGCCGGCCGUCGCAGGAUGUCUACCGCGCAGAUGACCGGCGACGACCAUCGCAAGACACGAGUCUGCGGCGAUCCGAAGACCGCGAGCGCGAGUAUGGCGGCAGCGGAAUGGGGCGGCGCCCAAGUGAGGCGAAGAGCACGACGAGCGAGUCCACCGCGGCGUCGAAUGCACAGAGCGCGGGGAUGGGGAUGAUCAUCCCUAACAAGAGCACGAUCGCAGAGGAGGAGAUCGAGGUGCCAUAUGGCCGUGAAGUCCGCGACAGUGCGAGCACGGCGAUGGAUGACCGGACACGUGAACGAGAACGCAGCAUCGAGCGUGGGAGGGAUAGCGACAGUGACGAUGAACGGCGACCAAACGGUGGGCUGAGCGGGCUGAGUGCGCGGCUGCAGGCGGUCGAGGGUGACGAAGAUGGCGCGGGGAAGAGCGGUGAUGACUACUUUGACAAGAUGUCGCUUGGCCGUACCUCGGUCACGUCAGAUCGUUCGGCAGGCGGUGUGGGCGGUGGAAGGAUUAUGGGCGGACGGGCAAGUGUAGCAAGUGAGGAGCAUGAGAGGAUACGGAGGGAGUAUGAAUAUCGGAUCGCCACGAUGCAGUCGCGCAUCACGACGCUCGAGCGGGACCUCGAAGAUGUAAACCAACGAGAGCAGAAGUGGACAGAAGGUGAGGAGCGUGUGCGAGCGGUAGAAGAGGAGAUGCGAGAGUUGCGACAACGGCUGGAGGAGAAGAGCACAGCCAUGUUCACUUUGCAGCAGGAAUUGGAUAACGCGCGGCAGGAGCGGGCAAGGGAGAAGGAGGUCGAGAUGAAGAGAGCGAGAGAAGAUGAGGAGGAGCUACAGAUUUUGCGAGAUCGGUGUGAACGUUUGGAAGCAGAGCGCGAGGGCCAGGGCAACUCCGAAAUUUUGGACCAACUUCGAUCUGACACGGAAGGGCUCUUGGUUGAGCUAUCCGAUCUAUCACGGAGGAACGACGAGUUAAUGACUGCUAAAGAUGCUGACUUGAUCGUCAUUAGAGACCUUGACGCCCAGCUCAAGGAUUACAAGCGCAAAUAUGAACAAGCCAAGACCGAGCUGCGAAGCGUUAAGGCGACGUCGCAGCUGUUCCUACAAGCUCCAAGAACAGAUGAUCAGCUACCCGUAUCGCCAGAUGGUGGUCUUGCAGACAUCCAUGUGACCGCGUUCGUAUCUGCGAUCGACAGCCUCCUCACGGCUGGUCGCUCGAAUGCUCCAACACGGGUCCUUACGCCCAUGAAAGCAGUUGUUAACGCUGUUAGUGCGAUAGUGGAAGAUAUCAAGGUGUUUGAGCAGCGGCGAAGGCGGGAUCGCUCCGACGUAGACAUGGAGACGCUGCGCACCUUGCGAGAACGUGUCGAGGCCACGCUCAGCAAUCUUGUAGCGGCAUCGAAGACGCAUGCAACGGGCUCUGGCAUGUCUCCCGUCAGCCUACUAGAUGCCGCGGCUAGCCACGUAUCACUCACAGUGACGGAGAUUGGCAAGACAAUCUGCAUUCGCAAAGCCACGCGUGCAGAGCAAGAGCAAUUCUCCGUCCCUCCCCCAAGUGCUUCCGUGACUAGUGGCUUCGCGCCAUCGCUACGAUCUGUGGAUGAAGUCAAAUCUUUUCAUCAAAGAGGUGGUAGCUCCUCAAGCUCGAAACGAGGAGAAUCAUACUCGUCCGCCCGCAUGCCAGAGUCUGCGUCAUCGACGCGUUUCUCACCACCAGGCAGAUCCUCUUAUGAAGAGCGACGUGGUCCGCCAUCCAAUAGGUCUAGCUCUGACACAAGUUCGCCGCCCCCCAUAUUUGAUCAGCCCGCAUCUCAUAGCACUGGUGGCGUGACAAGUGACGAGUCCGGUGUGGCUGAGAGCCCAGAGGACGCGUGGGCGGAAUUGAAGCCGUAUCUAGAGGCGCAAACAGAAGCGAUCGUGUACGCGAUUCAAAGCGUGCUGUCGGGUGUCCGAAGUCCCACGCCGCCACCAACGUUGAACGAGAACCUGACGCAAAUUAUCACCAUUGUCUCUAGCAUCGUCGCCGUCUGCAAGGACAAUCUGCCGCCAUCAUCGGCCCAGCAGGGAGAGGAGAUCCUCCGAGAGCUUGGAGAGCAUGCGAAUAAGCUGAGCGAGGUCCAAGCCAUGCCUGAGGUCACGAAGGAGUCGCGGCAGGUCAUGGCGAAGUCGAGUUUUGCCGUGGCGAACGCUAUGAAAGGUCUAAUGAAGUUGUGA